GUGAGCCACGCCGGGGAAACGCGCAUGCGUUGCGACUCUGCCUUGGAGUUUGUAGAAGCAUCUGUCUAGUCUACAGAUCUAUCUGCCACAACUGAGUUUGGCAUGAAAAAGUUUAAUGUGAAAUCCAUGUUGAAAUUUAUUGACCUUUCCAGUCACACUUUAUAGACUGCCACAAAUCAUCCUUCUGAAGUUUGCAUCGAGACGUUUAUGUAAUUUCAGAAUGUCUAGCAAAGAAGUGAAGACUGCACUAAAAAGUGCUAGAGAUGCAAUCAGAAACAAAGAGUACAAAGAAGCUUUGAAACACUGUAAGACAGUGUUAAAACAAGAGAAGAAUAACUAUAAUGCCUGGGUGUUUAUUGGUGUUGCCGCAGCUGAGCUGGAACAACCUGAUCAGGCCCAGGGUGCCUAUAAGAAAGCUGCUGAACUAGAACCAGAUCAGCUACUAGCGUGGCAGGGAUUAGCAAGCUUGUAUGAGAAAAGUAAUCACAUAAAUGCUAAGGAUGACUUGCCUAGUGUUUACCAAAAGCUUCUCGAUCUUUAUGAAAGUGUUGAUAAACAGAAGUGGUGUGAUGUCUGUAAGAAACUUGUGGAUCUAUAUCAUCAAGACAAAAAACACAUUGAGGUGGCCCGAAAAUGGCAAAAGCUGAUAAAGACACGACAAGAAGAUGGUGCAGACAACCAAGAGCUACAUCAGCUAUGGAGGAAACUGACUCAGCUGCUGGCUGAGAGUACUGAGGAUCAAAAUAACGAGACCCAGCAGCUGCUCUUAACUGCUUAUGAGAAUGCACUGAACUUGUCAGAAAAUAUUCCUAGUGAAGAUCACCAGAUACUUUAUAGACAUUUCAUCCAGUGUUUAUCCAAAUUUCCUCAUGAGACUGCUAGGUUGAAGAAGGCCUGUGAAGGAAUGAUAAACAUCUACCCCACUGGACAAUAUCCAUUAGAAGUACUUUGUUUGCAUUUAAUUGAAUCAGGCACUGUUACUGAUGAGGGGCAUCAGUACUGUUGCAGAUUAGUGGAAAUGGAUUCAAAGAGUGGUCCAGGCCUCAUUGGUUUAGGCAUUAAAGCAUUGCAAGAGAAAAAAUAUGAAGAUGGUGUCAAGAACUUAGUGGAAGGGUUAAAGGAAAGUCCUAGCUGCAUACCUGGAUGGUAUCAUCUAGCAGAAGCCCAAGUCAAAAUGCACAGACCUAGAGAAGCUGUUCUUUCAUGCAAUCAAGCUUUAAAGAAAAUAGAUAAUCUUGGUGUAUCUGGUGGCAAUCUUCAUCAGAAGAAUCUUUGUCUUCAUUUGAAAGCAGAGGCAUUGCUAAAGCUCUCAGAUUAUGAAUCUUCAGAGGAAGCAAUCCGUACUCUUGAUCAGGUUUCUGAUGCAAAUAAUGUCCCAGGACUUCUGAUUCUUAAAAGCUUGGCCUAUCUGAACACAGGUUUACUGGAUGAAGCUUCAAAGAUUAUGGAAGACCUUCUCUCUUCUUACUCUGACCUAGCUGACGUUCAUGCACUGGAGGCUAAGAUUCAUUUUACUAGAAAGGACUAUCUACAGGCAGAGAAAUGUUUUCAGAGAGCAAUUGAAAAAGAUGCUGAAGUUGCUGAGUAUCAUUACCAGCUUGGACUGACAUACUGGUCUAUGGGCGAAGAAACAAGAAAAGAUAAAGCAAAAGCUCUUACUCACUUUCUAAAGGCUGCCAAACUGGAUCCAUACAUGAGCAAAGUUUUCUGUUAUUUAGGUCAUUACUAUAGAGAUGUAGUAGGAGACAAGAACAGAGCCCGAGGAUGUUACAGGAAAGCUUUUGAAUUAGACAACACUAACGCCGAAUCUGGAGCUGCAGCAGUUGACUUAAGCAUGGAGCUGGAAGAGAUGGAAACUGCUUUAGCUAUUCUAACAACUGUAACUCAAAAGGCAAGUGCUGGAAUGGCGAAAUGGGCCUGGUUGAGGAGAGGACUAUACUACUUGAAAGCUGGCCAACAUUCUCAAGCAGUGGCUGAUUUACAGGCAGCAUUAAGAGCAGACCCAAAGGACUUCAAUUGUUGGGAGUCACUAGGAGAGGCCUACUUAAGCAGGGGCGGAUAUACAACGGCCUUGAAAUCCUUCACAAAAGCCAGUGAGCUGAACCCAGAAUCCAUAUACAGUGUAUUUAAAGUCGCAGCAAUACAGCAAAUCCUGGGUAAAUAUAAGGAGGCUGUAACUCAAUACCAGCUGAUCAUUAAAAAGAAGGAAGAUUAUGUCCCUGCUUUGAAAGGUUUGGGAGAAUGCCAUCUGAUGAUGGCAAAAGCAGCUCUGGUUGAUUACCUCGAUGGAAAAGCUGUAGACCUCAUAGAAAAAGCACUGGAAUAUUUCACUUGGGCUCUCCAGUAUCGAGCUGAUGUAUCUUGUUUAUGGAAGCUAGCUGGGGAUGCUUGUACCAGUUUGUAUGCUGUCUCAUCAUCUAAAGUGAAUGUUAAUGUCUUAGGAAUUCUUCUAGGUCAGAAAGAAGGAAAACAAACAUUAAAGAAAAAUGAGCUUCUUCAUCUUGGAGGAAGGUGCUAUGGUCGCGCAUUAAAACUGAUGUCUACAUCUAACACAUGGUGUGAUCUUGGAAUUAAUUAUUAUCGCCAAGUACAACAUUUAGCUGAAACAGGCAGUGACGUGAAUGAUCUUAAAGAGUUGUUGGAGAAAUCUCUGCAAUGUCUGAAAAAAGCAGUGAGACUUGACAGUAGUAAUCAUUUAUACUGGAAUGCACUUGGUGUGGUUUCAUGUCACAUUGGUAUUAGAAAUUAUGCUCUUGCUCAACACUGUUUCAUUAAAUCGAUCCAGUCAGAACAGAUUAAUGCUGUUGCAUGGACCAACUUGGGAGUGUUAUACUUUGCAAAUGAAAACAUUGAGCAAUCUCAUGAAGCUUUCAAAAUGGCUCAGUCCCUUGAUCCAUCUUAUUUAAUGUGCUGGAUUGGACAGGCUCUUAUUGCAGAGACAGUUGGAAGUUAUGACACCAUGGACCUCUUCAGGCAUACUACAGAACUCAGUAUGCAUACGGAGGGAGCAAUAGGUUAUGCCUACUGGGUGUGUACCACAUUGCAAGAUAAAAGCAACAGGGAGACAGAACUGUACCAGUACAACAUCCUCCAAAUGAAUGCUAUUCCAGCAGCACAGGUUGUUCUGAGCAAAUACAUAGAAAGAAUUCAGAAUUAUGCUCCAGCUUUCACAAUGCUGGGUUACUUAAAUGAGCAUCUCCAACUGAAAAAGGAAGCAGCAGAUGCAUACCAAAGGGCAAUUUUAUUGCAACAGACUGCAGAAGACCAGGAUACAUAUAAUGCUACAGUUAGAAACUAUGGCAGAUUGUUAUGUUCCAUUGGUGAGUGUGAUAAAGCUAUCGAGGCUUUUAAGUCUACACCCCUUGAAGAGUUAGAAGACAUUAUCGGUUUUGCAUUGGCUUUAUCUACGAAAGGUCUAUAUAAAGAGAGCAGCAAAGCCUAUGAAAAAGCCUUGUCUGUUGUCAAAUCUGAACAAGAUAAAGCCCAUAUAUUGACAGCUUUGGCAAUAAUGGAGUAUAAACAAGGAAAAAUGGAUGUAGCUAAGACAUUGCUAUUUAAAUGCUCUAUCUUAAAAGAACCAACCACAGAAAGCCUUCAAGCUCUAUGUGCUCUAGGAUUGGCAAUGCAGGAUGCUACUCUGUCAAAAGCAGCACUUAAUGAAUUACUGAAACACAGCAAACAGAAAGACAGUAAUUAUCAGAGGUGCCUUCUUACUUCAGCCAUUUAUGCACUGCAGGGCCGUAGUGUGGCAGUGCAGAGACAAGUAUGCAAAGCUGUUCACAGUAACCCAGCUGAUCCAGCUCUCUGGUCUCUGUUGUCCCGGGUGGUUUCUCAAUAUACUCAACAAAAUGCAAAAGGAGGUGCUAUAGCAGGAAGGGUAGCUCACAUUCUGGACUCAGAUCAUGGAAAGAAGGCAUUACUCUACACUGCAGUAAACCAGUUGGCUCUGGGAUGCAGUUCAGCAGAAGAUGGAAAAAAUACUGCAUUAAAGACCAUUCAGAAAGCAGCGCUUCUUUCUCCAGGUGAUCCAGCUGUCUGGACUGGGCUAAUGGCAGCUUGUUACGCUGAUGAUAAACUUGCCUUAAUAAACAAUACUCAGCCAAGGAGGAUGGAUUUAUACUUGGCACUCUUAUCUGCUGUUUCUGCUUCAGUUAAGGACAAAAAGUUCCUUGGAAAUUAUAACCAAUCUCUUGAAAAGUGGUCUCUCUCCCAAGCUGUCACUAGUCUGAUGGACAGUGGAAGAAUCUCUGAAGCUGAAGCCCUCUGCACCAAGAAUUUAAAAAGUAACCCGGAUCAGCCGACUGUCAUCUUACUUUUGAGGCAAAUUCAAUGUAAGUCACUCCUAGAAUCACAAAAACCUCUCUCAGAUGCUGUGCUUGAAGAACUUCAGAAAACAGUCAUGUCCAAUUCAACCUCUAUCCCAGCUUGGCAGUGGCUGGCACACAUAUAUCAAUCCCAGGGGAUGAUGGGUGCUGCAGAAAUGUGCUAUAGAAAGAGCCUACAAGUCGCAUCCCAACAGGGCAGUUGGAGUGGGAAGCUCUCAAGUCUGUUGAGACUAGCACUGCUUGCAUUACAAGUGUGCAUGGCUAAUAUUUCCAGUGAUCAUUGGCCAUCUUUAGUUCAAGAAGCUACAACUGAAGCCUUGAAACUCUGCUUUUGUCCACUGGCUGUCCUUUUACAAGCUUUAUUACAGUUUAACCGCAAAAUGGGAGCUAGAGAGACACGGCGGCUUUUGGAAAGAGUGGUGUACCAGCCUGGGUAUCCCAAGUCUAUUGUGUCAACUGCACGUUGGUACCUACUAAGACACUUACAUGCCAAAAAUGACGAUGAGCUCAUUAAUGUGCUGGUAAAUGAUGCCAAAACUCAUGGAGAUACAAGAGCUUUGGAAUUGAAUCAGAAAUUGUCCUCAUGAUAACAGUACAUUAUUUUACACUAAGCAAAGAGAAAACUAUGAAAAAGUGACACAAAGAACCUGGACUUUUUCCUGAAGCAACAUUUAAAAAAAAAAUAUUUAGAAGCAUUUAUUUCCUCUUAAAAUAUAAAGAUGGUUUAAGUUCUUAAGUUAGGGAUAUCAUUUUUCAUUAACUCAACUUUAAUCUGGACAAAAAAAUCCUUGAUUUUAUAAAGCCCAUAUGUUAUCCGUUUAGUAAUUGUACACGGUUACUUUCUUCAUCAUACAGCAUGCACAAUAGGAUAUCUUCUUGUUAUCUCGUAAAACAAAACCUUACUAGCCAUUUUCUAUAUAAUAACCAAAAGCAGAUUAGCACAAAGUAGAAUUUCACCAGUUAAAAAAAAAAAACAGAAUUCAAAAGGUUCACUUCCCUCUGGGAAUUCUAAAGUUCAUAAGACCAAUUUAUCAUAAAGUCUAUAAUCGUCUUAUUUUUACUAAUAGCUUAAUCUUAGGUUCAGUUGGAGAAGCAUAAUAUAAAUGUUGAUGAUCUAGAUUGCUAAUGGAUAUGUUUGUAUUAUUUAAAAUACUCAGGGGGUAAUGGCUGCAUUUAAAAAAGUAAUGGGAAAUAAUGUUUAUUACAACAUUUAAUCAAUCAUGUAAUUCCUUCAAUUGUGAUAGACUUGAACUUCCCAAAAUAAAGUGUCUUAUUUUCUUUAGGCUAUCAAUAUCAGAUGAAAGUUUUAAAUAAUAAAACUGGAAAGUGCA